ACAAAACAAUACAGGCAACUAAUAAGUCAGUUCCCCCUAAAAAAAACUCUCCACCGCCAUUGAGAUCGCAAAAUUCUCCCAAACCCCACCUCCCAAUCUCCAAAAUCUCCAAUGCCUCCCGAGCACCACCACCACCAUGGGGUUCAUCAAGAACCUCCGAAACCGAACCAGAGAUUCCUCUCCCUAAUCCUAAAAGCCCUAAUCAUGAUCUUCAUAACCUCCCUCUUCUUCCUCUUCGUCGGCGUCGCCGCCGUCAUCUUCCUCUUCUUCCUAGCGGGCGGCGCCCUCCACCGCCGCCGUCGCCACCACCAUCACCGUCCCCGCUCCUCCUCCUUCUCUUCUCGCGACCUCCGGAGGCUUCCGCAGUUCCGAUUCGCCUCGGGAACAACAACAACAACAGCCGAGAGCGACUGCGUUUGCGUCGUCUGUUUGGACGCUUUCAGAGACGGCCAGUGGUGCAGAACGCUCGGCGCGUGCGGCCAUGUUUUUCACCGGCGGUGUUUGGACGCGUGGUUGGUGAAAACCCCGGCGUGCCCGAUUUGUCGGACACGUGUACGGUUGGAUUUGGGAGAUGGGGCUUCGUCGUCGUCGAGAGAUUUUGAGGAAGAGGCGAAAAGAUGGUAGGGCUUCGAUGCGAACAAUGGAUUUCAGGGCUUUGUAGGCAUGUAAUUUGAUGUAAGUUUUGGUCUUGUUUUAUGAUUUUGAUAUAAUUGUAUAUUAUAUGUGUCAUUUUGGGGUUUUUUUUUUUUUAAAUCUGAAUGUAUAGUAGUUUCAAGUUUCAAUAAGAAAACUUGGUUUUUGUUA